AUGGACUUAGGGAGACUUUAUGAAAAAUGCGUGAAUUUGCUCAAAGGCUCCGAUAUCCAAUUUAACAGAUCCAGCAGACUCGAUAUUGCAUUGUGCACAAACCUGCCUAUUGCCCUUAUAUUUCUGCCAGCCGCCGACAUCCCGACCUUCGUGGGUGAAGGCCGUUGUUCCAUCGGUAUCACCGGUGUCGACCAGGUCAAAGAGAGCGACGUCGACGUCGAGAUAGCCAUGGACCUUUUGUUCGGAAAGUGUAAAUUACAAAUCCAGGUGCCAGAGAACGGCAGCUACCAGACGCCACAGCAACUCGUGGGAAAGACCAUCGUUUCGUCGUUCACCAGACUCACCACCCAGUUCUUCGAGAAGCUCGAGGGUGUCGAACCCGGCUCUCCGAUCAAGACCAAGGUCAAGUUUGUGGGUGGUUCCGUCGAGGCCAGUUGCGCUUUGGGCGUCGGAGAUGCCAUUGUGGAUCUCGUCGAGAGCGGAGAGACCAUGAAGGCCGCCGGGCUGUACGCCAUCGACACCAUCCUCGACACCUCCGCUCAUUUGAUUGUUUCUAAGAACCCAUCGCACCCUGAACUCGUCAAGGUGAUCAAGUCGCGGCUCGAGGGUGUUCUUGCUGCCCAGAAGUACGUGCUCUGCAACUACAACGCCCCAAGAUCCAUGCUGCCCAAGCUGCUGAAGCUCACCCCUGGUAGAAGAGCAGCCACCGUUUCGCCGCUCGACGAUGGCGAGUGGGUUGCUGUUUCCGCCAUGGUGGAGCGCAAGAGCAUGGGCCAGAUCAUGGACCAGCUCCAGGAUCUUGGCGCCUCCGACAUUCUUGUGUUUGAGAUCUCCAACUGCAGAGUCUAA